UUUCUAUUUGAAUAAAGAGCCAUAUCUCAUAAUAUAGUAAUAAUGUUUCGAGGCAAUAGACUUAUUUUAUACGUCAAGGUGCUUGACAUUGAAUUAAGAUAGAAACAUGCUAUGGUAUAUUGUUGCCAAUAUCAAACAAUCAAGAGUAUGAUAAUAUAAACAAUGAAUGUAAACAUUCACGUACAGUAUAAUAUUUAACCAAUAUGAUGAGAUAUGUUAUCUAUAAACAAUUGACAAUGAUAUAACUUAUACAUGUAUUAGUGGGUUAAAAAAUCUAGCUGACAGUAAAACGGUAACAAUUAAGUGUAAAUUCAUAAUUGAUUCCACUUUGUAUGACGGAUGGACUGACGGACGGACAGACAAACGCGGGACAAAAAUAAGAACUUCAAAAACUGAAAGAAAACAAUCAUGGAAUGUCAGACUUUUGACCAAAAUAAUGCUGUCAUGUGGCCAAAGAAAGAAAGCAGGCAAGAUUAUGAGGAUGGGGAUGACUUAAAUCUUGAAGUCAUAGAGGACAUUAAACAUCUAGAUGUUGAUGUAAUCAAACACAAGUCUGCCCUUGGAAAGAGAGGCGCAAUAGCCUUGAGACGAAAACCUUCAAGAAAAUCACGCAGGUCACAGCUAUCAAGUAAUAAUGAUGUCAUUCUUCAAGAUUGCACAGAUUCUAAACCAGAAGCAAUGAGGAAUGGCCAUGCUGAUGAAUUAAGUGUUGAUGCUGAAGACGAAUAUGAAUUGUCUCCCUCUACCAAAAAACCUAUUCAAAACAUGGCGUUACCUCUUCAUGGUAUGGCAGGAAAGUCCCCAUCUCUAAGGACGUCAUCGACGGAACAGGACGAUGAAGACAAUACAAUGAAUACAGCUUCAAGUGAGGCUAUACGUUUGCACAAGCCCCAUCCAGGGGCUUUUGUUCUUCCUAAUAUCCUUGCACUUCGUCAUUCUAAACUACAGAGACCCCAGAGUGAAACAACAGAGAAGACAUCAGUAGAGAACAAACCAGCUGCUUUCAAAAUACCAGUACUGAAGUAUGUGAAACCAGUAGAAAAAGGUCCAUCUCGAGAACCAGACUGCACACCUGUUUUAAGUCGAGCUAGAUUACGUUCGAUUGAGGGACAGAAGGGAGAGAAAAAAGUUAGCAACGAAAAUGUAGACAAUAUAUUUAAGAAACCAACCCUUCGAAGCGCUUUGGAACAGAGGCGAGAUAAAUCUCCUGCGGAGAAAAUUAAUACAGAACCAGUUAUGAUGGUAAAUGACAAUGCUAACGAACUAAAUUGUGAUGCUGACGAAGGAAAUGAACUGUCUGCCCUUGCCAAGAAACCUAGUCAAGCCAUGAUAUUACCUGGCCAUCGUACGGCGGGAAGUAGCCCAUUUCAAAGAAAGUUAUCCCUCGAUCAUGAUGUUGAUAACAAACAGAUACAUACAAGUGAGCUGACAAAAUCAUCCACGCCACCUCGAGGACCUUCUCUUCUUCCGAUUAAUACACGCCAAUCUAAAUUACGAAGAUCUCUGAGUGAUGCAUCAGAUAACAAACCAGUUGUUUUCAAAAAGCCAAUAUUGAAGUCUGUGAAGGAAAGAGUGAAGCCUAAAGUCUCAGAGAAACCUGAUUUGCUUCAGAAAGUAGCAAACACGCACGCCAAGGCGCUAGAAGUUAUGCAUACAAAAGAAGUUAAAACAGAAGGAGCAGAAACAUCAUUGUGUCUUGAGAAAUCCCACAGUCAGUCAUUAAAGUAUUUUACAAACAGUCAGUCAACAAGCAGUCGUCAUUUAGAGCUGAGAAAUAUCGAGGACUCUUGGAAACGUGUAACAACUCCCAGACAGAGAAAUGCCUCAGUAGGCUCAGAACAUGAACAUGGAAGUAACAGAACUUCAGUAACCACAGAUUCUAAACCAGUAGUAGCGUCGAAUGGCAACGGUGAUAAACUAAAUGGCGAUUCUGAUGACAUAUGUGAUUCGUCUGUCACUCCUAAUAAACCGAUACCUCUUCCUGGUAUAGCGGCUAUCCCCAAAUCUCAUAAGAAGUCAUUUCCUGAAAACAAUGAUAGUGAAAAUGCAAUGUACACAAAGGAAUUUAAACGAGUGUCCAAGCCAUCUCCAGGAGACAUUGUUCUUCCUUCGAACGGUACACGUCCAUCUAAAUUACAACGAUCUCAAAGUGAUGUAACAGAGAAGAGCAAACCAGUUAUUUUCAAAAAGCCAGUACUGAAGUCUGUGCAGGAAAGAGUUAAACCUAAGACAUCAGAGAAACCUGAAUGGCACCUGCAAGCAGCAAACAAACGAUCCAGUUUUCUUGAAGGUUCAACAAUAUCUUCUCCUUCCCUGAACGGUUUAAAUGAAGUUCCAAAAUGGAGGAGAGAAUUAGCUCAGAGGCGAAAGAGCAGGAAGGAUACAUCUCUAGAAGAAAUACCAAAGAAAGACGGACCUGUUGAGCCAGAUUGGAGAAAGGAAAUUCACCUUCGUAAACUUAGAAAUACUGCAAAAAACUCUGACGAUUCGGCCGUUCAUGGGAAUACUGACUAGUCUGGUAGUGUAAGCUUGUAUUAUCUGUGUAGAUAUAUCGGUGUUUAUAGAUGGAAAUUUCAUACAAUGCUUAGUACUUAGGAUAUUGUCAAAAUUUAGGGGAUUUAUUCUGUGUUCUUCUUUCAAGUAUGUACAGAAAGUCAUCGCACUCUAAUCAUCUACUCUUGGCGAGUACACUUUUCCAUUUGAAAGCUCUUUGACUUACUGAAUAUCUAAAUAGAACGUGACUGAUAACAUAACUGUAAGUUUUCUUUUCAAUUCUUCUCCGGCAUUAUGAUAUGAUGAAGAAAAAAAAACAGUAUAUUUACUUAUACACUAGCGUUGAGUAAUUUUAAUGAUGUUUCACAGAAAGAUUGUAACAUUUUUAGGUUUUAUUCACAUUUGACAUUUUCUUUGUCAUUUCGGCUUAUUGAUAAGUAGAUCAGGUGACUCGGAAUAUUUCAAGGACGUGAGCGUUAUAAUUAUUGUAUUUAUUGAUAAAUUGUGUAAUCAUUCAUAAUUUUGAAGAAACUGAUGAUUAUCUAUUAUGAAAGACAUUGAAAGGUAAAUACAAUAUUCAUUAAAUCCAAGUUGAACUUGA